CUGCAGCCUUUCAGAUUGGCAGGUCCUCUUCACCAAUGUCUUCCCAAUGCAUCAGGUUUUUUAACCCCAGACUGAUCCAUGAGACGGCGUUAUCAUGAGCUCCAGGGAUGAUGAUAGUGUUUUUGAUGGGCUGAUGGAGGAAGAGGGGAAAGAUAAGGCCAAAAGAGUUUCGAGAAAUAAGUCUGAGAAGAAAAGACGAGACCAGUUCAAUGUCCUCAUUAAAGAACUUGGCACCAUGUUGCCUGGAAACACACGCAAGAUGGACAAGACAACAAUUUUGCAGACAAGCAUAGACCACCUGCGCAAGCACAAAGAAAGUGCUGCACAGUCUGAGUCGAGCGAGAUCAAGCAGGAUUGGAAACCCCCGUUUCUUAGCAAUGAGGAGUUUACACAGCUGAUGCUAGAGGCACUGGAUGGGUUCUUCAUAGUGAUGCUGACAGACGGCAACAUCAUUUACAUCUCAGAAAGCAUAACCUCCCUGCUUGAGCAUCUGCCUUCGGACCUGGUGGAUCAGAAUCUUUUGAAUUUUCUUCCAUUGGGGGAACAUGACGAGGUGUAUAAAGCGCUGUCGUCACACCCGGACAUUGAAAACCUCAACUCUGAUAACCUCAAAGCCAAGAGCCAGUUGGAGUUUUGUUGUCAUAUUCUCAGAGGUUCUGUGGAUCCCAAGAAACCGCCAGUGUAUGAAUAUGUCAAGUUUAUUGGCAACUUUAAGUCCCUCAUCAACAUGCCCCUUACAACCCGAAAUGGCCUUGAGGGGAUUUUGCAGCAAUCAUUGCAGCCAGCCUUCGAUGAUAAAGUCUGCUUUAUUGCGACUGUGAGGCUCGCCAAACCCCAGUUCAUCAAAGAGAUGUGCAUGGUGGAGGAGCCCAACGUAGAAUUCACGUCUCGACAUAGUCUGGAGUGGAAGUUCCUCUUAUUAGAUCACAGAGCACCUCCUAUCAUUGGCUAUAUGCCCUUUGAGGUGUUGGGAACAUCAGGCUAUGACUAUUAUCACGUAGACGACUUGCAUUUACUAGCCAAAUGCCAUGAGCAUUUAAUGCAGUUUGGAAAAGGGAAAUCUUGCUAUUAUCGCUUUUUAACUAAAGGGCAGCAGUGGAUUUGGCUCCAGACUAGCUACUACAUCACCUAUCACCAGUGGAACUCGCGACCAGAGUUUAUCGUGUGCACACACACCGUUGUGAGUUACGCCGAGGUGCGAGCAGAGCAGAGGAGAGAGAUGGGUAUAGAAGAAUCUCCCCCUGAGCUGACCGGAGACAAGCAGUGUCAGAUUCCUGGCUCUGAAGCACAGUUGAACUCGUCCAGACUGAAGGAGGUUCUGGAGCGUUUCAGUAACAGUCGCUCACCCUCCACCUCCUCGAGGAGCUCCCACAAGUCCUCGCACACCGCCCUCUCUGACAGCACCUCGACUCCCUCUAAACUACAGAUGGAUGUGAGCACUCCACCCCGGCCCGUCACUGUUGAUAUGGUAUCCCAACGUCGUUCCUCUGUCAGCACCCAGUCCGUGAGUUCUCAAAACACAAAUCUGACCGGAUCUCCGAUCCAAACCAGCCAACAACAACCACCUCAGGCACAGCAGCAGGUUCAACCUAACACCCUUUUCUCUGCGCAGUUGAACGCAAUGCAGCACCUGAAAGAUCAGUUGGAGCAGAGGACGCGCAUGAUCGAAGCUAACAUUCAGAAACAGCAGGAGGAACUGAGGCAGAUUCAUGAGCAGCUCCAGAGAGUGCAGGGACAAGGCACUCAGAUGAUACUGCAGCAGUCGGGUGGUGGACUGAACUUACAGUUGCCGCAAGCUGGAGGAGCACAGACUAACAUUUUAGGGCUGGGAGCACAGACUGGGGUUGUAACUAUACAGGGUCAAAAUGUGACGAGUACAGCACAGAGUGGAACUGUCCUACAGCAUCAGCAGCAGAAUGUACAGGGCUCUUCUGUUACACAGCCUGGUCCUGUAUAUAAUACCAUGAUGAUCAGCCAGCCUGCCAAUGCCAGUGUUGUGCAGAUACCCAGCAGUCUGGCACCAAAAAUCAGUCAGGGUAAUGCAAUAAACAGGUUUCCUGCCGGGCAGCAGUUGGUCACUAAGAUUGUGACGGCUCCGAUGGCGUGUGGUGCUGUCAUGGUACCGACAACAAUGUUUAUGGGUCAGGUGGUGACCGCUUACAGCCCGUUUGCUCAGCAACAAGGCCAGACACAGACCAUAGCACUGCAGACUCAGUCAACAGUGCCUGCAGAACAACAGGCUCAAGCUGCCACAUUACAGUCGAGUCAACAGCAGGGGGCGAUGCAGCAGCAGCCGUUUUUACAGAGCACACACCUUCUUCAUGGCAACCAGUCCACACAACUGAUCCUGCAGGCUUUCCCUAUUCAGCAGCAAGGUACAUUUCCUCCAUCACAACAACAACAACAGCAGCAACUAAAACCACUGACUCAGAAACGGCAGAAAUCACCCCCCUCUCUUCAGACGGACAGCGCUAGUGCCCAAUCUAAGUAACAUGGAUGAACACAACAGCCAGUUAGAUGGAGGAGCCAUCUAUAAUAUUCGCUUCUAGGAUUUUAUUGGUGCAUUAUAUAAUUGGAAAGCUCUAUGCUAAAACAGCUCUUUCUGGCAGCAUUCCUGGAAGCUUUUAUGACAAGGAACUCCCUCAACAUGGCAGCUGCGUGGAACACAACACCACCAGAUGGACUCUGUGGCAACCGUACGGAGCCUUUCACCCAACCAACAGGUGGUUGCCAAACUCAUUAUUUAUUUCAACAACCGAGAGCAUAGGAUUGCUAGCCUUUGCAUGGUCUUUGCCAAACGGAAAACCCUGUUCUCAGUCUUUCACUGAAAACAGCCCAAAGAACUGUGUUUAUCUGUACAGUCCUGUGUACUGUAAAAUGUAAAAACGCAACCGUAAAGAAACAAAACAAGAUACUGAAUAUUUGAUAUGCUGCAUGAAAAGUGUAAACUUUCAUUUGUUAUUUCUGUUUUAUGAUAUACAUUUAAGUAUUAUUUUAAUUUUAAGAUUUUUAUAUUGUGCAUAUAGUGAUGCUUUCCAUGUUUAACCCUUACACGACAGUGGUCUCUUCAUGUAUAGUUAGUGUGCUGCAUGUAUAGAUAGUUUGUUCUGGAGGUUAUUCUGAGGCAUUCGUUUUUUGGGAUAUCGUUAUACCCCUUGUCUCUGACGUACAAAAAAAAUACAAA